AUGGACAAUCAACGCCCGACACCAAACGGCGGCGCGAUCCCUGCAGAUCCCAUCAUUGACGAUGAUACCGAUGAGGCCAUCAGCAUAUACGCCGGAUCUUCAGUUUCACUCAGCGACAGCAUCCGACAAUAUCGCGAAAUUCACGGACGGACUUAUACGCGGAUGACAGCAUACUGGGGCCCCAACGAUGAGAUUCAGAACGAAUUGAUUGACUUCAAUCAUUGCUGGAUCACCGAGUUCUUGGGAGGCAGGUUAUUUCUAGCUCCGAUCAGCGAGCAUCCUCAGAAAAUACUCGACUUAGGCACUGGUACUGGAAUAUGGGCUAUCGACAUGGCGGAUGAAUUUCCGUCAGCGGAAGUGAUUGGGACAGAUUUAUCACCAACACAACCAGAGUGGACGCCGCCUAACUGCAGGUUUCACAUGGACGACUUCGAACUGGAAUGGAGGUGGCCAGACGAGCACUUCGACUACAACCACGGACGGAAUCUGGAGGCUUGUUUCGCUCACUUGCCAGCGACGAUGAAAGAAGCGUUCAAGCAUACCAAACCAGGAGGCUAUAUUGAGUUCUUGGAAUUUGACUCACAGACUCGAUCUCAGUCACAGGAAUUGCCUGAGGACCAUGUGUUCAAGAGAUCCUACGAGCAUAUCAUGAGAGCUGCGAGAAUCAUGGGCAAACCAGGCGAAAAUGUCAGCUCUGGUGCGUUCCAGAGUGCGCUCGAACAGGCUGGCUAUGUCAAUAUCACGAGACUUCAAUGGAGAAUCCCGAUUGGGGGAUGGUGUCUAGAUCGCAAGCUCAAAAGUCUCGGAUGGGCUAAUCUAGAUUUCCUUAACAACGCUUUAGAGGGCUUUGGGCUUUAUUUGUUUACGGAAGUUCUCGGCUUCACAUACGAGAAAACCCAGGAGUUGUUCACUGAGUACAAAGCUGCGAUGGGCGACCCGAGGCUUCAACCCUAUUAUCAUAUGCAAGUGCUCUUCCACCCUGUUACACGAAGAUAA